AUGGCUUGGUGUCUAAACGGGCCUGAUGCAGACUCGACACUUGUUCGUUUCAUAUGCAAUAAAAAAUAUACACUUGGACGAAAAAAUUGUGAUAUACUUAUUGAAUGUAAUGCCGCUGUGAGUCGCUUGCAUUGUGAAAUUGAGUUACAAUAUUCAGAAGACCAAACUGUCGAUAUCAACAAAUUGCCAAGUGUAACAGUAACGGAUAAAUCAAAAGCUGGCACAUUUAUUAAUGGAAAGAAAAUUGUUGAUAAACAAAUAUUGCACAAUGAAGAUAAAAUUCAAUUUGGUACAGCAGAGACAUGGACUUUACGAUAUAAUCCAUUGCUGGUAUGCACAUCAUCUGUCGGCGCUGAUGUUACUAAAAAAUUAAAAGAACGUUUAGUACAACUUGGUGGUCAUUUGAUUGAACAAUGGAAAAAGGAAAUGAAUUAUUUAGUUAUGGAUACUGUUAAAGCAACACCAAAAGCCUUGAGCUCACUAAUUUGCCAACAACCAAUCGUGCUAGUAACCUAUUUUGACGACUAUGUCGAUUCUGUAAAAAAAGGUGCAUCGACCUUACCAAAUCCGAAUGAUUAUGUACCACCAAUAGCAUCAGAUGAAAUGUUGCGGCCUUCUGAUUCUCUAGCAUCUACACAAGACGACAUCGAUGUAAGACAAAAUAUAAGACGAAAAACAUUGUUUAAAGGAAAAACAUUUCUAUUUACAACCAAUCGUUCGCAUGAAACUUUAUCCGGUUUAUUAAAAUUUGGCGGCGGUGAAACUGUCUUAGUUAAUAAAGCAAAACGAUGGUGUCGGCUACAUCCGAAGAAGGAACUCAACAAUCGUACGCAAGCUGACUUUUCAUCAUCACGUAUUAAUAAUACUACUGUAAACGAUGAUGCCAAUCAUUCUUCACUAUCAAUGCCGCCGCCAACAACAGCAAGAGCAACACGAUCAAAUCAAGAUACAAAAUCACGACCAUCAUCAUCUAUUGACGAUUUAUUUUCAUCAUCAGCAACCAUAACACCACGAAAUAAUAAACGCACGAGACAAAAUCAACAAAAAGAUGAAUUUGACGAAUUAUUUGAUAUUAGCACAUCAUCAUCAAAACGUCAUCGAGCUGAUAUUGAAAAAAAGGAUGAACCGAUGACAGUUGAUCAGAACAGAAGAGCCACAAAUAGUACAUUAUCGCAAGUAACAACAACACCGAAAUUCUCAAAGUCAGAAGUAUCGAAAACAACUGACAGUGAAAAACGCAAACAAUCAAUGACAACGAUUGAUGCAUUUUUUGAUAAUAUUGAUACAAAUAAACGAUUAAAACGAAUGAAACCAGAUAACGAUAGUAGUGGUGUCAUUAAAACAGGUUCCGAUCCAUUUGAUAUUUUCGGUAUGAGUUCAGCAUCAACCACAAUGAAACCAGUGUCUAAAAUCUCAUCAAGUUUAAAUGAUAUAACAACAAAAAUAAAUACCAAUCAAAAAAAUAAAAAAGUGAAUCUUUUUUUCGAUGUAGACGAUUUACCAGAACUCAAAGAAGAAAUGGAAGAUGAAAAGAACAGUAAGAUCAAUUAUGUACAAACAAAACCGAUUGUUGUAAAUGUAUGUAACUGGAUGACAAAACCAGUAAAAAAAGUUGAACCAGUGUCUCAAGAUGAACGAAAUGAAGCACAAGAAUAUGUUCCACAAAGUCAACGAAAUUUAAUGCACAUUCAAUUUAGUGCUCUUGUUUUGCUUGACACAGAUAAAAAACAUAGAUCCAGUACAUCUGAAAAGAAUAAAAAUAAAUCAAAAGAUUUAGUAUCCGAUGGAAAAUGUUUUCGAAAGCAACUUGUGUUAUCCGAUUCAACUAUUGUACGCAAAGAAAAUUUACAAAGUUGUUUUAAUGCUUUAUUGGAGGAUACAACAAUAGCAAAAGCAAGUACAACAAAAGAUGCAAAUAAGACUCAUAAAAAGACAACUCCAAAAUCAAGGAAAAAAUUAUCUACCGUAAUGACUGAUGAUGAUUUGAGUGAUGAUGAUGAAUUAAAUAAAACUGUAGAAUUUUUCAACGUGCGUAAUAAGCAAGAAACUCAAGCAAAAGUUGAAUAA